AUGGAUAUCGAUUUAUCUUAUGUAAAAACAAAUGAAAAUGUACCAAUGGCAUCUCGAGAUCGUCAAUCCUUUAGUCAAUUAAUUAAUUUUAUGAAUGAAGAAUCAAACAAAGUUGGUGAAAAUCCUCAAGCGAGAGUUGAUGAAAUAGAGACAGCAAAAGAAGCUUUUAGCAAUAUUGAUCGAUCUGCUUCAUCGGGGACUGGUCAUCGGUGUAUACCAGGUUUAACAUUUACCGAAGAAACAGAUUUAAAGUCUUUGGAAAAAUAUUAUGAUUUUCUUCGAGAUAAAUAUUCAUGUCUUCAAGACAAUGCCGCAACUAAAUAUACAAUGAAAGAAAAACGAACUGAAAUGCUUCAAUUUUUUGAGCAAAAGCUGUCGGAUUUAGAUAAAGAUCGUGAACAACGAUUAGCAUUGCGUAAUCGUUUACGCUUGCAUAACCUUCUACGGAGAACUAUUAAGAAAUACAUCGAGGAAAAACAAACAUUACAUUAUCAACAAUAA